AUCAACUUAACCUUUAUUUUUAGCCCAGAAUAUAAAGUUCGAGACUUUUCUAAACUCAACCCGUAAUCCAAUAACGUUUGCUACUUGAUGUCAUGAGUUUAGUAUUAUGGAGACCAUGGUAGGCCAUGGUCUCCAUAAUACUAACAACUUCACUUUAAUGUUUAUAGUUUAUGGUUCAAGUCGUCCAAACAGAAAUAUUGUUUUUACCGUAUUUCGCUUUAAAGCUUGUGUUUUCCAGAUUUGCUCAGCGUUACAACGCAAAAACAACAUGACAGCCUCUAGUUAAAAUAACAAUAAACAGAUCUUGUCACCUUUUCUCCCGAUGCUGAGAGGCUUGUGGUGACACAUCUGCCUCAACUGCAGCACAAUUACUGUGAAGAUUGUCUCUCCUCUGGCCUCCUGACAAAGUGAGACUGUGUCAACAUCAUAUAUAUAUUCCCAGAAAGUGCGGUCAGGCACAUACAUCAAGAUGUCCAUCACCAACACACCUACCAGCAAUGAUGCCUGCCUGAGCAUUGUGCACAGCCUUAUGUGUCACAGACAGGGGGGCGAAAGUGAGACAUUUGCCAAGCGGGCCAUCGAGAGCCUGGUCAAAAAAUUGAAGGAGAAAAAAGAUGAGCUUGACUCCCUCAUCACAGCUAUCACCACCAAUGGGGCCCAUCCCAGCAAGUGUGUGACCAUUCAGAGGACACUGGAUGGGCGACUGCAGGUGGCUGGACGUAAAGGGUUCCCUCAUGUAAUCUAUGCCCGUCUGUGGCGGUGGCCAGACCUGCAUAAGAAUGAACUGAAGCAUGUCAAAUACUGCCAGUUUGCCUUUGACCUCAAGUGUGACAAUGUGUGUGUCAACCCCUAUCACUAUGAGAGGGUGGUGUCUCCUGGCAUAGGUGAGCACGGAGCGAUUUUCAACCUAUCAGGACUGACACUGACCAGUUCUGGUCCCAGCUCUGCCCUGAUGGUUAAGGAUGAGUAUGAUUUUGAUGGGCCGCAGAGUCUGCCCUCAAUCGAGGGAGGGCACUCCCUCCAGACCAUCCAGCACCCUCCAUCCGCCGGCUGCCCGGCCCCCUCUGAACCAUUUGCGACCCCAAACCUGCUCCCACCUGCUGAGGCCUCCACCUCGGCUUCAACAUCGUCCUUCCCUGCCAUUGCUGCUGGAUCAGGCAGUGCCAGCUCAACCUGGUCUAGGAACAACAGCUUCACAUCCAACAUACCCCACCACACCAACGGCCAUCUACAGCAUCACCCUCCUAUGCCACAUCCGACGCACUACUGGCCGGUGCAUAAUGAGCUUGCCUUUCAGCCUCCUAUAUCCAAUCAUCCAGCUCCUGACUACUGGUGCUCCAUUGCCUAUUUUGAGAUGGACGUUCAGGUCGGGGAGACAUUUAAGGUGCCCUCCUCUUGCCCCAUUGUGACUGUGGAUGGCUAUGUGGACCCCUCAGGAGGAGACCGGUUCUGCUUGGGCCAGCUCAGCAAUGUGCAUCGCACUGAGGCUAUCGAGAGAGCAAGGCUUCACAUUGGUAAAGGGGUGCAGCUGGAGUGUAAGGGCGAGGGAGAUGUGUGGGUGCGAUGCCUCAGUGACCACGCAGUGUUUGUUCAGAGUUACUACCUGGACAGAGAGGCGGGCCGAGCCCCCGGAGAUGCUGUUCACAAAAUCUACCCCAGCGCUUACAUCAAGGUGUUUGACCUCCGGCAGUGCCACAGGCAGAUGCAACAGCAGGCUGCUACAGCUCAAGCAGCAGCUGCAGCCCAAGCGGCCGCAGUGGCUGGGAAUAUACCUGGUCCUGGAUCAGUUGGAGGAAUAGCUCCAGCUAUUAGUCUCUCAGCAGCAGCCGGUAUCGGGGUCGACGACCUCCGGAGGCUGUGUAUUCUCAGGAUGAGUUUUGUUAAGGGCUGGGGGCCCGACUACCCCCGCCAGAGCAUCAAGGAGACCCCCUGCUGGAUCGAGAUCCACCUGCACAGAGCUCUACAGCUACUGGACGAGGUUCUGCACACUAUGCCUAUAGCGGACCCACAACCUCUGGACUGAGCAUCGCUCUGCAACACACAGUGGCAAUGCCUUGUGUACAAUGUCUUCCUCAGUCAACUGUUUUUAGUGGAGAAGCCAGUGAGACAGCUGUGACACUGACGCUGUCUCGCAUGGACAAAAGAAAGAAGGAAGAAGAAAAAAAGAUAACUUUCAGGUGUGUUUGAGGCACCUUUGUGCACUGUGGCUCCUCCUUUUUUUUUUGUUUAAGCAAGAGUGACACUAAAAUGAGCCAACGCCAUAUAUCAAAGAUAUAUUUAUCUUUUAUUUUUGAUAGUUGGCUUUGAUUUGUGAUUACUGGAAUGAUCAACUCUCGGACUAGAAAAAGACUUCACCGAUAACUAUAGUUACAAAGCACCACAGCAUGCACAUAGAUGACCUGCAGAUCCCAUGAAACUGGAAUGUACGGCGACGACUCGGUCUCCAACCACGCCACCUACUGGCAGACAUCCGCAUCAGUAAACGAUGAAAGAACAUCGAAGUGUUGUGCAGCUGUGGAAUGAGACGGCUUCUCUAUUGUGUCGAGCUGCUACAGACCUGGUUAGACAAGCAAGUUCAGCCAACUGUCAGGCUGAAUAGAAACGCAGCAACGCUCGACACGAUGCUGGUAGCUGCCUCUCGGAUGCUGGAAAGGGUUUGAGGACCACCCGGCUUGGAUCGGGUCGUACCAGAUACCCACAGUCAUGGACCACUAUCACAGUGAGGGGAAACGACAAGCACCAUGCUUAAAGCCGCCUCGGAACUGAGACACGGUCAAGUAAAUUAACUCUUCUAGGUCGGGUAUUGUCAAAGUAUGGGUUUGGACCUUAAAACUGGUUGAGGGCCUGGUGGGUGUCCUCCAUUCUCAAUUUAACAAGAUUUUGGAGCAAUGGAAGAUCCCCAGUUGAGGUUUUGGAUACUUCUUUUUGGCCAUCAUGACGUAGAAAGUUGAACUGCCCAUUGAUGAUACAAUAUAUCUGUUUUUACUGACUGACUGUGAUUUAUAUCAUUUCUUUGCUCACUCAAAUACAGUGAUGACACGUUGCUCCAUGCUCGCCUCCCACUUGUUUAAGAAAGACUCCCUCUUUUACGCUGCCAUAAAGGAGCAAAGAAAAAAAGCAGAGAAGAGACAGACGGUUGUUCUCGGAUGUCUGAGAUGUAAUCACAGUACAAGGAACAGGGUUUAUCAAAGUUUUGGCAAACCAAAGUACUAAUUAGUCACAAAUAUACUGCAAGUCCAGAGUGAUCAUGAGUGCCAGUCAGCUGCUGGACUUUGCCCCAAUCACAUUUAUUUGGAAGUUUUUUUUUAACUUUAAUUGUGAUUUAUGAUUAUUUUCAUUUGUUUUGAUUUUUAUCUCCAAGCAUACCCGAUUCCUCACAUGUUGAGAAUCAUUGUACCGAAAUAUCUUAUGACUUGUAGCCCACGUAUACACUACUUGAUCCAGGUCUCUUGUGUGUAGUUUACUGAUAAAGAGACGUAAAUUUAAGACGGUCUCCCUGCAAUAAUGAAAUAUUUUCUUGGUUUUAUUUUUGUUACUUUUAUUGAUUUGUAUUAUAUUUGUAGCACUUUAUUUUUUUGCUCCCUUGUUUUUAAUUCAAUAACCCUACUUUUGAGGCAGCUGUCCUGCAAUACUGAAAGGGAGAGAAUAGCUUGAUUUAUAUAUUUUAUGUAGGAUUGUGAGCAACUUUGUGAGACAUUUGAAACACUAAUACAUCUGCAUCUUAUAUAUAUAAAUCUUAUAUAUAUAAAAAUUAAUUAGAAUGAAAAGGGAGCAUUCACACCGAUUUUGUUGAGUUUCUUUUGGCUGUUUUGGGUUUCUUUUUUGAUUUGCAGUUUUCUUUACUUUUUAAUUCAAUGUAAAUAACUUUUUUUUUUUAUUAUUUGUUUUAUGCAUGUCAAUGUUUGCAUGAAUUUGAAUGGCAAAUGGACCCCAUUAUUUUGGUUAAGUCACUUCACAAACUGGAUUAUCUGAGGAGAGUUGAAAUUUUAAUGCCCCAAAACAGGUGUUUUUGUUUUUAAAUAUAAUGCUGUUUCGCAUAUGAAAAAGACAAAUUGGUUUCUCUGAGGUUUAGUUGAGAUUUGGGUGUUUUUUGUGUCUACUUUGCUAUCCAAUUGAUUGAUUCUCUCCUCUGAUCCAUCUUUCAUUAUUUCCCUCUAAGUUUUAUCCUCAUCGGGUAUUAGUCAAACUAAAUUAUGCAUCUGAUUGAUCGGUAGGAAACAGGAUAUUUCAUAAUCAUGUAAGUGAAAGAACUGAUGCUGAACUCUGUUUAUGUUCUGUUGUGCUUUUAAGGUGGACAGAUGGUUUUUAAUACUGGCGGUUAUUAUAGGAGCCUAUAAAGACACGGCUCAAAUGAGUUGAUGUUGACUAUUAUGACAGAUUGCAGAUAUACAUUUGACCUGUAUUUCUUAUGUGAAUCUUUAAUUAAACAUGGCCUGAUAUUCUAA